AUGACUAAAUAUAAGGAGGGUCGUCAAAGUACUUCGUUGUUUCGUCUUCUGAACUUUGAACUUUUCGUCAAACCAAAUAAGGUCGUAAUAUCUUUUGGGUUAUCUGCAAUAACUGGGUGUGUCGCAUAUCUGGCCUACCUUAAUUUGACUCAUCAGCGUUCUCAGGAUCUUGCAGCAAGUAGCAACAUCAAGAUGCCACUCUACAACACGGUAUUGUAUAUUCCUCCCAUUGAACCCCCAAGAAUCACUGAUUUCGACUCCAGCGCUUCUCACAUUAACGACGAUAGAAUUAAAAUUGCUGAAGUAGAAGCUUGUUUUGGAGAAUUUGAGGCACAACUUUCUAAGUUUUGCCAUUGUAGUCAAUCGAAUGAUGUUCAUACUCAAUGUUGUGUACCUGGAGCUGGAAAUUUUACACAUCCAGUGAAUGAAAGAUACCUACGUCGUACUGUAGAUGAACAAUUAAGAGAUCUUACACUUGAAGGUGAACGUAAUCGAACACGUGUUGAUCGCGAUCCUCAGAAUAGUAAUUUUGAUCGAAACUCAAUUUCCAUCUUACAUCGACGUGGAAGAUUUGACUCACACAGAGCUCAGGAUUCUGUUACACAAUCCUCAAGCGGAAUAGCUGAGGCAGAAAGCAGUGAUAAUUUUCUUGUGGAUGAAGAAGAAGCCGAGGCUACAGUUGCAACAGAAGAAGAACUUGAUGCCACGGAAUAA